AUGUAUUAUUUAUUUUUGAUGACACUUCAAAUAAUUUAUUAUCAAGAAUUAUGUAUUUUUCUAUUAGUUGUCAUUGGUGUUAGUGUAGUUUCGUAUGUUAAUCCACCAAAUUUAAUUAAAUUUUCAACUGAUGUGUUCAGUUAUACAAGAUAUUCUUUAUCGAAAAGUAAUGAACAAUAUACAACAACAGUUGUAAUAGUAUAUUUUCCACUGAGUAGAUCUAAAUAUAGUAAAGCUAAAUAUCAAUCAUGGAUUGAAAAUCUAUUAGGAUUUUGCCAAUCACCUAUCAUUAUAUAUACAGCAAGUGAAUAUCAACCCAUUUUACAACAACUUCGUCGAAAUAAGUCAUUAAUGACUCAUUUUAUUGUGGAAUAUAAUUCCCCAUUUCAAAUACCAUCAGUAAAAAAACUUAUUCCUAUUUUUGAACAACAAUAUCCAAGUGAUCCUGAAGGUGCAUAUCACUCUAUAGGAUUGUAUGCUGUAUUGUGUGCCAAACCGUUUAUACUGAAUCGUAGUGUCGAGCUUAAUCCUUUUUGA